ACUGUCUGCAACUAUCUCAUUGUCAUUCAAUGCAAUUUACUGCCCGACACUGUUAACACUUUUCAAGCUGAAAUCCAUCAAUCAGUAUCCAGAAUAAGUUGCCAAUCAUAAUGCAUUUUUGCCAAGAAAUAUAUUUCGUGCUACUCUUGUUUUAUGUUAAUAAAACAUUGUCAGUUACUAUUGAACAAGACUUGUCGAUUACUUGGGAUCAAAAACAAGCGUUAGAUAAGUUUCGAGAAUUAGUUGACUCAGAUCUAACUCAUGAUUAUAUGCGUGAAGAUAUCUACCUUAUUCGGUGGUUAAGGGCACGGAAUUUUGAUCUUCAUGCAGCCGAAUCCAUGCUUCUAAAGAAUUUAGACUGGAGAAAGAAAAAUGGGAUGGAUUCCAUUUUGGAUGAGGAUUUUUCCGACAUGGAAUCCGAUUAUAAAUAUUUUAUAGAUGGUUUCGAUUACCAAGGAAGGCCGGUUGCGUUCUGGGACCUGGGAAGUUAUGACUUUCGAAGGGCUUCAUUAAGUGGAAAGGGGAAGCGACUGCUUCGAUAUAUGGACCGAUACUUGGAACAAGUGACAACAAAAGUUAGAACUCUUCGAGAAACUGAAGGUCGUAAUAUCACUCAAUAUUCUCUCGUGACAAAUCUGGGCGGUUUCAAUGUCGCCCAGCACCUGUGCCUCCAAUGUUUGCCCAUGACAUUGAAUUUCAUAGACUCGUACGAGAAUCAUUUUCCAGGAGCAUGUGACAGCAUGUUUUUAAUCAAUACUCCAGCCGCAAUGGAACCGGUUUUGCAAGUGUUAAAAAACGCAGUAAGUCCUCUAACUAGAGAUUCGCUCAAAAUCUUUGGACGGAACAAAGAAAAAUGGCAAAGCCAAGUUUACCGUGAAAUUCCUCGUAACCAACUUCCACCAUCCGUUGGGGGCACGGCCAGCUAUGCAGAUUGAUUCGAUUCGAUGAAAUUUCAUAAAAUAUUUUAUUCAUGGCUGAAGCCAUUAAAUUAUAUUGCAUUAUGUAAUUACAAAGUAAAAAAACAAACUGGCAUUUCUUAAAUGGUGCAAUAAAACCGUGUCAUAAAAGUGAAA